CGCCCACUAGCUGCAUGGCUGGUGCUUGCCUGCGUGUUCAAAGCCGUCAAGACCGCGCUCGAGUCCAGCGAAGGUGGGGUUGGGCGGAGUGGGGUCUGGUUAGCGACCCAACAUCCUAAGCAUUGCGCACUACUGACUCGACGAUCAAGGGCAGCGGCAGAAGAACAAACAAAGCCCAAUUCCAGCAUAUAAACCCAAGUUCAGCGCGGGCCCCCGGCGUGCAUGUCGAUAACCUCGGCCUUCACGGUAUCGGUGAAACGAGGAGCAGCAGUAGCAGCAGCGCAGACAAGACACGCCGCGACGCCAAGCAACAAAUCCAGACUGCCCUCACAGCUAUUUCUGACCACUAUGUCAGCUCAGCCGCCGCAGCAGCAGCACAACUAUGCUCCUCGCUCGGGGUUCGACACGUCUGGCGCGUCGGGAUUGUAUCACUCUGCCCGUCCUGACUACCCUCAAGACGCAAUUCGUAAGAUCCUCAAUGCCGCUGCAGGCUCAUCGAAGGGAUCACCCGUGAGCCUGCUCGAGAUUGGUAGCGGCACUGGUAUUUCCACGCAAAGCGUCCUCGAAGGGGCUGCUAAGACGAUUGCGGGCGACGGCGGGGAAAGGGUAACAUUCCAACGCUACCUCGCCGUCGAGCCUUCUGCGGGCAUGAGGCAGGACUGGACCAAGCACAUUAGCCGUGACCUCCUCCCUAAGCUUCCGGCUGGCUUGCUAGCAAAUGAUGCCGAUGUAGCUUGCGUCGACGGCACGUUCGAGAACGUGUCAGAGGCUUUGUCUGGUGGCGAAGAGCAAGGGUUAUACGACGUGGUACUCAUCGCGCAAGCUUUCCACUGGUGCCAGGACAUCCCGGGCAGCUUGAACGCUAUUGCAAAGGCGCUCAAGAAGGGUGGUUACCUCGCGCUGAUCUGGAACAUGGAAGACCAGAGUGAUGAGACGGGGGCGAAGUGGGUCAGGGAGGCUAGGACGCAGUACGAGCGCUUUGAGGAUGGUACGCCUCAAUUCCGCCACCGCUACUGGGCCUCAAUGUACAAGGAGCCGGCCCUCAACGACCAAUACGAAGUUGUGCCCGCCGAAUUCUUCUCGCGCAAGCUGCCGACCACAGUCGAGGGCGUCAAGAAUCGCGUUCUCAGCAAAAGCUACAUCUCCGUAUUGCCGCAACAAAAGCAGGACGAGCUCAUGAAGGGCAUCGAGUCCAUCUUUGCGCAGUCGUCGAGCGACGACGAGAUAGGAAGGGUGUGGAUCGACGAGCAGAAGGGCGUGUUUGAGUACCCAUACCAGACAGAGCUGCUCCUCUUCAAGAAGAAGUAGAGGUGACGGGAGCCACCAACACUCCACACGCUAUGCUACGCCGUGCGAAAUUGACCGUAUAUGCAAUCAAAGACUCUUGCGCAUUCUGAUUGACGGUACCACAUUCUUUCUAUCGAUAUUGUCUGGCGAGGCAGGAACAGCGCUCGAUCCCCUUGCAGUGAGUGAUUAGACCCUCACUCGCUUCUCUCAUUGUCGUCACCAUCGUGUGCUUGGGUCCCUCUUUCUAGCGCAAGAUCUGGAGCUGCGCAUUUACCCGACUAUGCUAGCGGGGGUCGAGCGACAUCGUUGUGGUGCCGCUAGGCCCUCAGUGAUGCUGCGAAACCAGAUCGAGACUUGACGAUGAUGGAAUCAUGACGGGGGUAGAGGAGGCCCAGGCGUUCGCGUCGACGGCGACAUGACGGC